AUGUCGUUCCUUCGGUCGACGUCCCUCGUCGUCUUAUUCGCGGCGACUGCCCUGGCCCACGGCGGCCAUGAGGCUGUCCCCGAUGGCGAGGCCAUCUCGCUCGAGCCCAUUGACUCCACGCUAUGGGUUCAUAUGAUUCUUAUGGGCUUUGCUUUCGGCAUUAUCUUCCCCUUGGGUAUGGUCCUGGGUAUCGUUCGCUCCCGCUGGCACGUCCCCGUCCAAAUCGUCGGAACCAUAAUCGCCGUCCUAGCCUACUUCCUCGGCCACGCGCACCACGGCCGCCAAUUCGGAAAAAACGCCCACGCCUCCUUCGCAAACUGGCUCAUGCUAAUCCUAGUCGCGCAAGUCGUGCUAGGCGUCUAUCUAAAACUCCACCUCGUGAAAGCCGGCCAAGCCCGCAUCCGCUGGAUCUUCGUCUUAGCCCACGGAAUCCUGGGCAAGAUCAUGCCCGUGAUUUCCUGGGCCCAGAUGCUCUUCGGCGGUAUUGCGGCGCUGGGCUUCUGCCAAGAUGACCAUAUGGGACAAUGUCUAGCGCACUUCAUUAUGGGCAGCGCAUUCAUUGGAUACGGAAUCUGUCUAACGAUCCUACUUCUCGUGGGCCAGUUCUGGCUACGCCGCACAGGUCGGAGUCAAGAAUUCUUCGACUCGCUCAUCAUCGCGGCAUGGGGUUGCGUUAAUACUUUCACCGAGCAUCGCUGGGGCGAGGAGUGGGGUCAUAACGAUCUUCAGCACACCACUAUGGGAAUUGUUUGGUGGUGCGCGGGUCUGUUGGGUAUGUGGCUUAGUCGCAAUCGUACCAUGAUCCACUCUAUUUUCGGCUAUACACUCAUGGCGGCUGGUUUGACCCGCAUUAUUGAGAUCUCGUUUGUCUUGCGAGAUCAGAGCGCUGUGAGCAUGAACGGUACUGAGCCGAAUAGCUUCCAAUACCUGACUCCAUUCCUGCUCUACGCCUCCGGAUUCCUCUUCCUCGGCGCCACGGAGGAACAAAUGAAACUCCUCAGCGACGCGGGCAUUACUCACGUCUCCUACAUUCUGAUUCUGUACAGCAUCGCAUUCAUCCUAUUCCUCUUCGUCAACGUCCUCCUCCACAUCUACGCCGUCCACACCUGGCCCACAGAAGAAGACGCCAUCGACCCCGAAGAAGCAGAAGCACAGAGCCGCGGCAAAUACACAACCGCAAACGGGGGCUACACGAACGGCCGCGCACGAUCAAACUCCGAAGCCCAGCGUAUCCAGGACGCGGAGGGGUUCGAGUUGCAAGGUCUUAUUAGUGAUGAGGAGGAUGAGCCGACUUCUUCUGUGGCUCCGAAGAGAAAACAUGAUCAGGUUGAUGUUGAUAAGGAGGAACGUUAA